UCAGUGUUGAGAACGGUCUUAUCUUAUGAAUAUUAAUGAACAGUUCGGCCUAUCACGAUGUGGGAGCAUUUCACAGGAGAGUGUUUAGUUGCGCGUUUUCCAACAGCCGCAUAUAACAGUUUGUGUCUUUUUGAGUUCGUACCGAUGGCGAAGGUGACUUGUUGGUGGUUGGAUGUUUGUGAUCGUAUCUGCAACUUAAUGGAUACUUAAAAGGGACAUUUUUAUUUAUUUAUUUUAAAAGCCCCGUUUGUGGAUUAACCUAAUGCUAGAUUAAUGAAGCGGACAUGGAUAAAACCGGUUGUGGGAUACAAGCAGUUUACCAUUUAUUCCUUCUGUGGCUCUCAGUUUGCCCUCUGUGCUCUCAGGGAAGUUGGAUGUGGUUGGGCAUCACAUCUGUAGGAGUGCACGAGAAGUUGGGUUGCGCGCAUUUGCCCCUGUCGCACAAGCAGAAGGAGCUGUGCGCGCGCAAACCGCACCUUCUACCGAGCAUUAAAGAGGGCGCGCGCCUGGGCAUCACCGAGUGCCAAACGCAGUUCAAACACGAGCGCUGGAACUGCUCGACCCGACGGGACCCCAACGUGUUCGGCUUCGAGCUCACCAGUGGUACAAAAGAGACAGCGUUUAUCUACGCAGUAAUGGCUGCCGGCCUGGUUCACGCGGUCACCCGCUCUUGCAGUGCUGGAAAUAUGACAGAGUGUUCGUGUGAUAUGAGCCUGCUGGGCAGCGGUUCUCCCACGGAGGGAUGGCACUGGGGUGGGUGCUCUGAUGACAUCGCCUUCGGGACUUCGUUCAGCCGUCGCUUCAUCAACAAUUCGGUAAAGAACAUAUCAGCCCGUAGUGAGGAUGCCCUGCUCACUAUGAACCAGCAUAACAGCGAGGCUGGGAGACAGGCGGUGGCCAAAACAAUGUUGACAGACUGUCGCUGUCAUGGCGUGUCGGGUUCGUGUGCGGUAAAAACAUGUUGGCGCACAAUGGCUGCAUUCGAGCGUGUGGGCGCCUACCUGAAGGAGCGUUACGAAAACAGCGUUCAGGUGGUGGACCGUUCUAAACAUAAGGUGCGACGUAAGGACAAAGACCAUCGCCACACACCUAUUAGCAAAGAAGAGUUAAUCUUCUUCAACAAAUCUCCCAAUUACUGUUUGGAGGACCGGCGGUUGGGCGUGACGGGGACCAGGGGCCGCAGGUGUAACAGAACUUCAGCCGGGCCGGACGGCUGUAACCUGCUCUGCUGUGGGCGGGGCUACAACACACACGUGGUACGACACGUAGAGCGCUGCGAGUGUAAAUUCGUCUGGUGCUGCUACGUUCGCUGUCGUCGCUGUGAGACAAUGAACGACAUGCACACCUGCAAGUAGUGCAACUACUCGGGGAGGGAUCUUGUGAGAGGAAGUGGACCUUCUUUGUGCUCUCACCCCCGUUGGGCCUAUACAAAUAACAAAAUAUCCAUGGCAACUGGCAGUCCAAUACCAGGGAGAAAUGGUAUAAUCCCUAAAUCCACAUGCGUAACUCUUCCCAUGGGCUUCAAGUGGGAGUUAAGCCAUUUUGUAUAUAGUGACUGUGGAAUAUAACUGGAGCAUAAAGGGAACUAAAAUACUGGGAACAGCAGAAAAAGUGUAAAUAGAUGCUUUUGUUUAAGUUUGUAUUGAACGCUUUUACAGUUAACGAUGACUUAUAGUGGGAAUUAUGUAGAUAAUAUACCAAGGUAUUUUUUAUACAAUGUUUUAUAGGUUGCAAUUGAGAAUCCCUUGAGUAAAAGAGAGAAAUAAUUCACAAAGCAUGUAUUCUGCAAUUUUAGCUAUAUAUUUCACGAUUUAAAUGUACAUAUUAAAUUAUGAACAAUGGACGUGUGCGAUUUCAACCUUAUUAAAAUUAAAUAAAAAAAUGUAGAGACCCUGUACUUUCUUUUUGCUUGUGACUGCUGAUGUUUCUCCGUCUCCCAAACAAACAAACAAGUAUAAUUCCCAAAAGUGUAGACAACGGAUCCAGUCCGCAAUAGCAGCUUUAUCAAAUAAUAAUAUAAUGUAUAUUUCAAAUUACUUUUCAUGGUUGUUGUCUUUCUAGUACUUAUUUCUUGUGACUGAUGUUUGUGUCACAUUCCAUUCCUCUUAAACUCUAAUCCCACACACACAUCUCUGAAAGAGUAGUGCUUUGCUAGAACUAACAGAGUUGUGCCAAAUACCAUGGCUGCAUUCUCUUAAACAGCCCUUAAAUGCUAAUGCAAGUGGCCCUUUUAUGUAGCCGCAUUCCAGCCAACAGGACGGUGGCAGUUUACGGCAACACACGCAGAACAUAUCAGAGAUCUUCUGUCCCGUGACAGAAGGAAAAAAUCCUGUGAGUUCUGGCACAUGCUGGCAAAUCUCUUAAAGUCUGGAAAGUAUCGCUCAUGCUGCAUUUCAUGAUUUCACUCUGAAUGCCUGCUUGUUCAUUCUCAUGUGGUUGUAUUUACCGCUGAGUGGAAGUUGCAUCAAGCUUUUUUUGUCUGUGUAAAAUCACUCAGAUUAUUCUUCUACAUUGACUCUCACAGACUC